AUGAGCGACCUGAGAGAACGUCUCGCGCGAUUGGGACUGUCCCAAUACCACGAAGUGUUCACGGCCGAAGGCUUCGACACAUGGGAGACUGUGCUCGACAUAACAGAAUCCGACUUAAGUUCCCUAAACGUCAAGCUUGGACAUCGUAGAAAACUUCAGCGGGCCAUCGCCGAAUCGCGCGGGCAGUCUUCUGAUCGGCCCUUACCCAUCAGUCUUGCACGAGCUGGAAGCACUGCCGGCUCAUACCGCAGUGACGACUCAGGGCCAGAGGCCAAAGCCAAGCAGCCAGACUCUACCAACACUGCGCCCGGCGGCACAGGCGCAAAGCGAAAGUACCGGCGACACCCAAAGCCUGACGAACAUGCCCCCGAACGCCCACCAUCGGCUUACGUCAUCUUCUCAAACCAGGUGCGAGAGUCACUGAAGGGACAAGAUCUUUCCUUCACCGAGAUUGCCAAGGUGGUCGGUGAGAAAUGGCAGGUCUUGCCCGCCGAGGAACGCGAAGGCUGCGAACGACAAGCCAAUGGUGCAAAAGAGAAGUACUAUGCGGAACUGGCCGAGUACAAGAAGACGCCAAACUACGAGGCUUACCAGAAGUACCUUGAAGACUUUAAGGCGAAGCACUCGGUGCCUACUAAAGGCAAACGUUCGAAACUGGAGUCCGAAACCAGUACUUCAACACGAGGAGGCAGCUAUGAACAGAACGACCAAGCCACAAAUCGAGCAUUAAGUACUAUCCAGUCAGAUGCCCAAACAACACCGCAGCAGAAACCGGAUCCCAUCCCGCUCAUUGGCUCUUCACGACUUCCAGCUGGUCCAGUUUAUUCCUCAACCUCAACGUCGCCGGCCAACCGCCCCCUUUCUGGCUUUACCUCUCCGCGCUCAGGCGAACAAUUCUCCCCUACUUCUGCCUCUCCACGGACCACUGGCAUGCAAAGAGAUGGUGCUUUUGAUUCAUCAGUACCUAACCCCAUUCGGGACCCAAGGAUUCCUUUUGAUGCCAACCCAUAUCAUCAACCUUCUGCGUACAAUCUGGAUCUCCACCAGAAAAUCGCAUCCACACCACCGCCUUCAUAUCCUCACUCAGCUCACUACCAGGCGCCCAUCGACCUGCUUUCUCGUAGGACUCCGCGGGAAUCCGCGCGUCUUCCCCCUCUCAGCCACGAAGACACGACACUAUCAUCCGAGAGCGGUCAUAGCACGCAAGGAUCCACAGGGUAUCCCAUGACAGUUUACCCUGGGCAGACAUUACCUGCAGACCCGAGCAAAACGAUGCGCAUGCUUCCCCAACCGGUGCCUAGUAUGGGACCACUAGCUUCUCCAUUGGACCGGCCGAUGCCACCGAUGCCUUCGUCCCACCUCUCACAUAAUUCCCAUGAUUAUCGAAAUCAGGGAUCACUCGCCGUCCUUGUAAGAGCAGGAGAAAUAGCAUCAAGAGCAGCGGAUGACGACGUGAUGGAAACCGAAGGUUCGCCUUGA